CUCACCAAACCGAGACAGUGUCUUCAUUGAUUCUUUCUUGUAUCCCCACUCCUGAUGUCCAUGGUCACUGUGCUGGGAGACUGAUGUUCUCCUUCCCAGGAGCAAUGGGACCCUGUCCCUUAAUUUUCUUUUUGAUUGCCCGGUGCAGCUGUGCCUUCCUCCUGCUAGUGUUUUCAUCCAGGGAAUGAAAUUGGCAAAGGGCCGAGUCUUUACAAAAAUAGUUUUCCCUGCUAGUUUGUUCUGAUGGUGCUCACUCACGGAGUCCGGUGUGAGCAUGGGGAGGUGAUGCUUCAUGGAGGGGUGGGUAAAAGGGGCAACACCACCUUUUCAUCUGCAGUGAGCCCUUAGAUUGGCUCCAACACCCUGAAUUUUGUCUUGAUAAUGUCAGGUCCCUUUCUGUCUGGCUGUUACUUAAUGCUUUGGUGUCUUUAUCACUUUCUUAUCUUAUAGGUAACUACAAACUGAUCAUUUAAUUUGAUCAAGAAUCCUUCAGGGGAUUGAAGUUACUGGUCUGUAACUUCUUAAGUCUUCUCACAUCUUUUUUUUUUCCUUUUAAAAAGGUAGGUGAGGCAUGAUGCUUCUCCAGCCUUCUUGUGGCCUUCCCAUAUUCCUGUAAAUUUUUAAAGAUGGUCCUAAUGCUUCAGAGAUUACUUUGACUGUUUUUUUACAUGCUUUCAGGUGAAUGCUGUUAUUGCCUCUCAAUCAAGGGCUGUUUUGCGAGCAUUUGCUAAGCUAUUUUUUUCUAGCGUGCUAUUUUCUCCCAUUUCCAAAUUAAUUUUGCUUGUCACAUUUCACAUUUUCUUCUGAAGACUGAAGGAACAUUUGUACUUCAGCCUUUACAUCAUUUGCUUUCCCUUCCUGUUUGCCAGUGAGAGUGUAAUUAUCUUUAUUUUCCUCUUCUAACGUGCUCUCUUCUCUCCAGUUUUCUUAUGACUGCAGAGCUCUUAGUAACAGCUGUGCUGAUUUUGACUAAGAGACCAUCUAACCCAAUAUCCUUCUUGGAAAGGAUGAAAACAGGACAAGCAUAUAUGGUAUUUUUAAAGUAUCCUUCCAAUCUCCAGCUCCUUUCACAUAUGGAAUUUCUUGAGUGUAAUGUGAGCUGUUUAACCAUUAACAAUCAAUAGAUUUGCCUUUCUACUAUUUGCCCUGUCUUUUGAUGAACCCAUGUAAAAUUUUUCAUCGUUUUUGGAGAGGUACUACCAUACAAGUUAUUUGCUGAUGAAGGGUCAUAUUUGUUUGUUGUGAAGUUGACCCUCAUUGACUUCAUGUGGUGGCUGCCAGUACUUAUGUCUGACAAGAUGGUGAAUAGUCUGUCCCUCUUCACCAUCUUUACACCACUCAUGAGUUUGCAGACUUCCGUUAUGUUGCCUGUCUUGCAUCCUAAUUUGUUACAUGGAUGCUGUUGCAUGGCAGAAAGAAUAUUUAUCUGGUUAGCAUCUCUGGUCAAUACCUUUUUCUAAAGCCUUGGGACACUGAAGGGCAAGGAUGAGGGUACUUGGAGUCCUUGUCCAGCCCAACUGAAGGCAGAUGCUUUCACAAGAUGUCUCAUGUGCAGUUUCAUACACCAGUGAUAAAGAACCUCUCUGUCCUUUGGUGCUGUGUUGAAAUCAGGAAGAGUUUCAGAUGUCCAGAUGUAUACAGAGAUUGGCCAGCCUGGCUGAGACCAUUUAGCAAUGACAAAACAAAAACUUCUGCUUGAUUGGACGCUCUCCUUGUUUCUGAUUGCGGCCUGUGGAGCUCAACAGCUCCCCAAGAGUCAUGUUGCUGCUAGUUCUGGUUCGCUGUGUGAGAAGGAGGCAGAGUCCUGGGGAAACCUUUUCAGCAGUGAGCGGCUGGAUGCUUGGAUCUGUUCCCUCAUCGGUUCAUUCAUGGUGGGGCUGAGUGGGGUCUUCCCCUUGCUGGUGAUCCCAUUUGAGACGGGAGCUGCUCUGCAGUCAGAAGCUGGAUCACACCGUAUGAAGCAGUUGUUGAGUUUUGCAAUUGGUGGAUUACUGGGGAAUGUGUUCCUGCACCUGCUUCCUGAAGCCUGGGCCUACACAUGCACUGCAGCAACAGGAGAAGAGCAGAGCUUUCAGCAGCAGAAACUUCUGGGUCUCUGGGUGAUCAUUGGUUUCCUAACCUUCCUGGUGCUAGAGAAGAUCUUCCUAGAGAAAGAAGAGAAGGACUACCCUGGUGUGGACUGUGAUUCCAAAGCACCAGGUGGAAAGAUUUCCAAUGGAAGUGGCUGUUCCCUGCAAAAGAUGGCAGGCCAAUCCCAAAAAGCACGAGCUCAGUGUAAUGGCUCCUCUCUCCAGUCUUGUACAAGAAACAAUAGAAUCAAGAUUAGUGGAUACCUCAAUUUACUGGCCAACACCAUUGAUAACUUCACACAUGGCCUGGCAGUAGCAGCCAGCUUCCUGGUUAGCAGAAAGGUUGGAUUCCUAACCACAGUGGCCAUUCUCCUGCACGAAAUUCCACAUGAGGUUGGAGACUUUGCAAUCUUACUUCGGGCUGGCUUUGACCGCUGGAGUGCAGCCAAAAUGCAGCUUUCCACAGCUCUGGGGGGAAUUCUGGGAGCCUGCUUUGCAAUAUGUGCUCAGUCACCAAAAGGAGCAGGUGAAACAGUAGCCUGGAUCCUCCCUUUCACUUCUGGAGGAUUUCUGUAUAUUGCCCUGGUAAAUGUUGUGCCUGAUCUCCUGGAGGAAAAGAAUCCUUGGAACUCCCUGCAGCAAAUUCUGCUCCUGUGUACAGGCAUUAUAGUCAUGGUGCUACUUGCGCUCACAACUGAGUGACCUCUGCGCAGACCUCGUGAUGCCUCCCAGAGCCACUGCAGUGACUCUGAGCUGUUACAAAGCAAUAAGGAACACUAAUGUUACUUCUGACGUGUGUGAGUGCAGAUCUGGCUGCUAGUAUGAGAAGCAGGUGAGAAAGAGGCCUGGAUGUGCAGGACUUGAUUCCCUGGCUCUCCUAUUCCUGUUCUGCUAAAAUCCACACACCAGGGCUUCUGUUAUUUUUUUGGUUUGGUUGGGUUUUAUGGAGCAAAAGAUACACUGGGCAGAAAUGAACCGAACAACUGCUCCACAAUGAAUGAAUGAUAUUUCAUUCAGUUUGUUCUGAUGGAACUGCGCCUUCCCAAGCUCUUGCGUGAAAACAACUGAGGCGAUUCCUGUAGCUGAUGAGGACUAAGGACUUUUCCUACCACUAGUGGCUGGAGGCAGAACAGGGAUUACAAAAAACAAUAAACUAACAGCUUUAGCCAGAACUCCCUACCCACGAGAAGUUGAUGGUGCUAUGAGAUAGAGGGGAAAAGGCCCUUUCCAACUUGGUCUCCGGCUUUUUAUUGACAUUGCUUGUUCCUAAAGAGUAGUAUUAGCCUCAGCAGUCCAGCUUUUUUGGUCUAUUUUGUAUUUGUUUAUGUUUAAAUUGAGCCAAAAGCUUGAGGCACUUUAGGAUAGGUCACUAUAAUUAAAUGACUCAGCUUGGAGAUUACUUUCCUCAGCCCUAACCACUCCAAAAGCCAGCACAGCCUGUUUAUCUGAUAAAUGAUUAGUAAAUGUUUCUUCUGUUGCCAUACUACCAGCUCACCUACAUCUGGAAGGAAAGACAUAUAGCUGCUGUGACUGAGCUCCCUCUCCUCAUAACCAUUAGCUGAACACAGCUCUGAGACUGCUCUUGAGCCCUGUGUCACCCACUAUCUGCCCCACACCAUGUUUCAGAGUUUUCUUGAGGUGUAGCAUGUUAGCCCUGCCUGACAUGCUAUAGCAUCCCUAGACUGUCAUGGCAGAGGUAGCUGAACACUACAGCCUGGCCAGCAGCUGGUAACUCCUGGUUAACUUUUCCUCUGUUCAGUGUAGACCAUUUAAGAGCAUGCUAUAACCAAAAACCUAGAUGGUAGCCUAUUUCUGGGCUUCUUACCUCACAGUGAUGUUCAUCUGUUGGGGACGAAUGGAUAAGGAAUAAUACUGACAGCUCUUAAAUGGGAAGGCUGAAACUACUGGUGAAAAUAUUUUAAAAAUAUUUUUAUAGUCAAGUUGUGUGCUAGGUAAGGAGAGAGAGGGAUAUGAAAAGGUGAUGAUAGGUAUGCUUUAAGAGGAGUUUUCUGUUUUGUGAUGCUUGGGAUAAAAUUUUUGGCAAUUUGAGACCAAUAAAAAUAUAAUAUUUCUAGUGCUUUCCUGCAUCCCAGCUCACAAGGCUGACCGGGCCAUAAUUCCACAGGCAUAUUUUAUUGCCACAGAGAUGUGCACAAUUACUAGAUCAUCUCUUCUGCAGAGCUUAUCCUUGCUUUGCUUAAAUUUGUUUAGAAACAGGUCUAAUUGAACUAGUGGAGUCACCGGGUACAAAGCAGGUGCCCCAGUGUCCAUUGCACCAACUUAGCUCUGUCUUUAAACAGCUUUUGUAAAUCACUACAGCUCUCCAAUCUGCACAGGUCCUUAUCAAGAGGGCUCAUGCCUUCAGAGGGCGAUUCGGGUCAGAGCAGUGAGGCAGGUAUGCUACCCACAGCAGAGGCAUUUACUUCCCUAAGAGAUUCCUGAACUGUUGACACAGUUCUUUUUUAUGACAGCUCCUGUCCUACUUUUCAGCAAGUGCUGAAGAGCUCAUGCUUGCAGUUCUAUCUGCCCAGGAACUGCUGCCUGAAAUUUUUUCAGCUUUCCUUACCCCAGACUUACAGCAAUAAGUAAUUUCACUGCAACAAUGAGGAAGGCUUAGAGCAAUGGUUUUAUUCCUCUUUACAAAAUUGCCUUCCUAUGCCAACUACUCUGCCGUUCAAUUGUCAUGAAGUCUGAAGGUAGCAUCUGCUUCCCAUUUUCCUGGAAGGAUGACUAAUCCAAGUAGUCUGCAGGGACUGGGUGGGUAUGCUAGCCCUCUAGAUCUAGCUUUGGGGGUUCACCCCUGCCCAGGGACUGCAACUAAGUGGACCCUGUAAUGGGGCUCUGGGGGAAGCAGGUUUGCACAGAAGGAUGUGCCUGCUGUUUCUCAAGAUUUCUCUCCCAAAAUAAGGCUGGCAUUUAAGUUGAGGCACUGCCAGGUGAGUGCCCAUGAGUUGGCGUUGUUGCAUCAGCACCGAGCCUUGCCAAGACUGAAAACCACAGUCAGGAUUUUGUACUCAGCGUUCAGGAAUGUAAAGUGGAUGACACUGAAGAAAGAAUUUCAGAGCUGUUUUUCUUGGCUGCUACCAUAGGCCUGGUUGUUGGGAAGAUACCCUGGUAGGAGGUAGCAUGGGGCUUGUGGGAGGGAGGGGCUUGAAAGUUUUCUACGUCAGCCCUGGGGCUGAGGAUGGAGAGCCUUGGGAGGAAAUGGAGCAUCAAUCCACCACAUUUGUCACUUUUGGAAAUACAGAGAGAAUUGUAUUUUCUAGCUCUAUUUUUUCAGCUGCUCUUAUUCAUUUUCCCACUUCAUCUGUAUUGGUCUGCUCUUCAUGGAGACAAUAGAGAUGAAAUAAAUGAUUUUUCAUGUUGGUU